AUGGCCCAACGUCGUUCACCGCACAGAGUCAGUACAUCGUCGCCAAUUAGCUCCAAAGUUCGCAGCGGAAAGUAUUCUCUCCGCCACUUGUCCGCUGCGAAACGCGCUCUCGCUUUCGUGAACAGAAUUCAACACCCUUCGGUUAAUUCCCACGCCUCGCGCGCGUCUCCCUCUUCUUCCGACACUGCGGUCUCAGUCCGUCCCAUCUUGGCGACCGUUCAGCCAAACCUCAGGAGGCUGCCAUCCCGUCAGAACCUUCUAUACAAGGGUAACAUGCGCGAUGCCAGUCAGAAUGUUCACGUCUCUAUUGGCUCCAAGAGAAAACGCGUCGUAUCUGCUAAUGAGAGCACACACGCUCAUGGGCGACCGACGCGUGAUGCUGGAAGACAUAAAAAAUUUAAAUCCGAUACAUCUCAGAAUUUGGAAAGUGAUGAUGAAGGAGGCUCAAUGGAUGUCGAUUCUCAACCGCCCUGGGGAGAAGCGGGUGAUUCCGAUGCGGACUCUGAUGACGCGGAAUCAUCCGAUGAAUACCUCAUCAGUGAGGCUCCUCCCAGACAACUGUUGCGUCUACGAAGGGAUGAACUUGUUCGUCUCUACAAUGCGGCUGGGCUGGUAGAUGAUCCAGACUCAUUUACGAAGCCAGAGCUGGUGGAAGCCAUUGUCGCAGCGCGUGACGACGUCGCAUCGCUUCCACCUUCGUCCCCUCCGGCUAGGCCUGACAGUAUCUCUAGCGAUUACUCUUCCGAUGACGGCAACGUUGCCGGGGAUGAAGAGACCGACAUUGCACUCAAAUAUCGUUCGCCAUUCGGACUCAGGCGGCGUGCUACCGUCAACUGUGUGAUUAAUAUGGAUGCCCGCGCGCUCAAAAUGCGUAGUUUAUCCGUGGGCCAAUGCAACGUACUCCCAAGCCCUGCUGGGCUCAACGCGAUGCCAAAGGUUAAAGUUGAUCUUAAUGGUGCUCCAAGGUGUGUUGCCUUGCGGAAAAAUGCCCGGUCCGUUUCUAGCCGCUCAUCUCCUCCACCCAGCUGCGCCAACGCUUUGCCAUCACCUCCUGCGACACGUCGUCGUAGGAGUAAAUCUUCCAAGGAGCGCGUGUCAUCACAAGGUUCCCAUACCAGAAGUAAGAACAAGGUGAAGCAAGUAGGAUUCGACGAGGAUGUCGAAGUACAAUAUCCUGUCCCUUCAGCUGAGGAGAGCGAACUCACUGAUCUGUCGGAAUUGGAGAAGAAAAUUGGUCCUUCCACUGCGAGUCCAAGGCGCCUUCGGAGUAGGGACAAAGCGAACGGUGACAUAGCAACACAUCCUGCUGCAAAGGACUCUGAUGCGACACCGCGUCAGGCCAGAAGCAGAACGCGGUGUAUGCAGCAAACAAGUUCAGAAACGGGAGAGGAAUUAAUGGAAGAUGACGAGGAGGUAGAUGAACUGAUCUCAUCGCCCUCUCCAACGCCACCGCCUCAGGGUCGUCAAACACCCGUAAAGAGACGGCUACGGCCGCGGAGAACACAACGUGUGUCACCAACCGACGACGGAGGCGAAGGUGAUGAUGAGGAUGAACCGGAGGAGCUCGCGAACGAACCCGGAGUUGAGGAAGAUGCGGAAGAAGACGAGGCUGAAGAUCCGCGUAAGUUACGGAGUGGAAAAGUAGUGGGUGGUGAAGUUCCACACGAUGACACCGAGGAACAAGAUGACGAGGAGGAUGAGAUUGACUUGGAAACCGAGUCCGUGGAUUUGGACGCUGAGUGUGCUGAAGGUGUUGACGAGGAGGAAGAUGAAACUAUGGAUCAUGACGAUUUCGAUCUCACCCUUGCCACAAAGAAGUCCCUAGUGCGCCUGCGACGCGAUGACCUCGUACGUCUCUGCGAAACCCGAGAUUUAGAUGUUGCUGGCACCAAGCCUCAACUGGCCCAGUCAUUAUUACAAUGGCGGGAUCGUCACGACAAUGGUUUCUCGUCACCAUCCUCUGCUGGCACAGUGCGCCCACCAUCUACUGCUCGCGUCCGUGGGCGUCGUCGCACCAAGAGCAAGAGUAAGACUCCUCCUGUACUGAUGCGGUUGCAACGCAUACAUCAAGAUGAACCCCGAACACCACCCCUUUCUAAUGUUGGGGCCACCCAGCCCGAACCGGAACUCGAGCUGGAUCUGGAGAGCUUGGGCUUAGAAGACCGCGAAAUACCACCGGAUAAGUUGACUAAACUUGAAAAGAUUGGCAGUGGUGGAUUUAAAGACGUGUACAUUGGUCGUUUCAAGGGUCGCAGAGUUGCCAUUGCUGAAUUCCGAGACCAGUUGAGCUCUAUGGACAUCAAAGAGCUGAAGCUGCUGGGCGGAUUUAAUCACCCAAACAUUGUCCGUUUCCUUGGAGUUUCCCUUCCUGAGAACCCGCGCGAGUCGCCAGUCAUGAUCGUCAGCGAGCUUUGCGCAAAUGGCGAUCUUUUUGAUUAUGUUCGCAAUGUCUCUCCUCCAUCUCUAUAUAAAGUUUUGAACAUAAUGCUUGAUAUUGCACGUGGAUUGGAAUACCUGCACAUGCGCAAACCAUCUGUGAUUCACAGGGAUUGCAAAUCAUCUAAUAUCCUAAUAACGUCUCGUGGGAUUGCCAAGAUCGCUGACUUUGGGCUUGCUAAGGUCAAGCAGUCGACGCGCUCGAUGGUGCGCAGCCUAGUUGGCACCGUUAAUUGGCAAGCCCCGGAACUUUGGCACGCUCACCCCAAGUACAAUCACAAAGUCGACGUGUUUUCGUGUGGAAUGGUCUAUUGGGAAGUACUACAGUGGCACUUUCCGAACAAGAAGUUUCCAUGGGAGGGCAUGAAUGAACACGCCAUUUACGAAGCAGUCGGUGCCAAACGCCAAAGGCCUCCAAUUAGCGGCUUAAAGAAGCAAUGGUGUCCUGAAAUUGUCGAUCUGAUAGAGCGUAUGUGGGCCCAGGAUCCUGGAGAACGUCCCACAAUGAUAGAAGUCGUCCAAGAGCUCGAACGUCUCGUUACUCUCUACCGUUGA